UUGGCCUUGGUCCCCUGGCAUAUUCUUCUCCAUAUAUAUCUUUUCAAAUAAGAAUUUUUCUCUAUCUCUAAAAUGACAACACCAUGACUUGUGGUCUAGAAACCAUCGUACCAUUCUACGGUGGAGCUUCUGCAACAUUAGGAGGUUUGUUGAGCUUUUCAAUAAGGGACAAACACUUUAGAUGAAUAGGCCAUAUGCAUGAGAAUGAUAUUUUCAAGUGUGGCCUUGGCUUCUAUUUCUGAGAAACAGAGAGAAAGACCCAGUACUAGUUGCUAGAGCAAACUACUUUAUUUUAUUUUAUUUACAAUUAUUAUUAUUGUUAUUAUUAUUAUUUGCGUUUUGGCUCCUCUGCUACUUGCAGCACCACCGUCUUGAUGGAACCAGCUCAAGCUGUGACUAGUAAUGGCAUUGGUAGCUAUGACUACGACAUUAUCAGUUGGUUCAAUAGUAUAUCGGAGAACGCCGCCGUGGUUCAGAGGGAGACACUUGGCCGGAUUCUUGAACUGAAUUAUGGUGUGGAGUACCUGAAAAAAUGGUUUGGGGACAUUAAAAUCCAAGAGAAGGAUGUAUGUGCAUUAGAAUCUCUUUACACCUCUUUAGUGCCUCUAGCCUCUCAUGCAGAUUUGGAGCCUUUUAUUCAACGAAUUGCAGAUGGAGACACAGCUCCUAUUCUCACCCAACAACCUAUAACCACUCUCUCUCUAAGCUCCGGUACCACAGAAGGGAGACAGAAGUUCGUACCCUUUACCCGCCAUAGCUCCCAGACUACUUUGCAGAUUUUCAGGUUGGCAGCAGCUUAUAGAUCAAGGGUUUAUCCAACAAGAGCCGGAGGAAGAAUCUUGGAGUUCAUAUAUAGCAGCAAACAGUUUAAAACAAAGGGAGGAUUAACAGCAGGAACAGCAACAACCCACUAUUUCGCUAGUGAAGAAUUCAAAAUCAAACAAGAGAAGACAAAGUCAUUCACUUGCAGCCCACAGGAAGUUAUUUCUGGUGGAGACUACAAACAAACUACUUAUUGUCAUCUCCUACUUGGCCUCUUCUUCUGUGAUCAAGUUGAGUUCAUCACCUCAACGUUUGCUUAUAGCAUAGUCCAGGCCUUUGCCUCGUUUGAAGAGCACUGGAAGGAAAUAUGCAAUGAUAUCAAAGAAGGCACUCUUAGCACAAGAAUAACUUUGCCGACGAUGCGAAAAGCCGUGUUGGAUAUAAUUUCUCCUGACCCAUCUUUGGCUUCACAGAUUGAAGCAAUAUGCGAAGAGUCACAAGCUUCAGACUGGAACAGCUUGAUUCCUAAGCUGUGGUCAAAUGCAAAGUAUGUCUACUCUAUAAUGACGGGCUCAAUGCAACCAUAUUUGAAAAAGCUAAGGCAUUAUGCUGGUUCCUUACCGCUAGUGAGUGCUGACUACGGGUCAACUGAGAGUUGGAUUGGUGUGAAUUUGGAUCCUUCUUUGCCCCCUGAGGAUGUCACUUUUGCUGUAAUGCCCACUUUUUCUUAUUUCGAGUUUAUACCCCUCUACAGACAGAACCAAGACUUGACUUCAGGCACUGUUGACUUCAUAGAAGAUGAACCAGUUCCACUCUCCCAAGUCAAGGUUGGACAAGAAUAUGAGAUUGUCCUUACUACUUUUACUGGGCUUUACAGAUGUCGACUAGGAGAUGUGGUGGAAGUGGCUGGAUUUCAUAACGGGACCCCAAAGUUGAACUUUAUAUGCAGGAGAAAGCUAAUAUUAACUGUUAACAUUGACAAGAACACUGAAAAGGACCUUCAGCUAGUGGUAGAAAGAGGGUCUCAGCUGCUAAGCAAGUAUGGAGCAGAGCUGGUUGAUUUCACGAGCCAUGCCGAUGUGUUGCAUCAACCAGGGCACUACAUAAUUUAUUGGGAGAUCAAAGGAGAAGUGGAGGAGAGGGUGCUGGGUGAGUGCUGUUGCGAAAUGGAUGCUUCUUUUGUGGAUCACGGCUAUGUUGUAUCAAGGAGAACCAACUCAAUUGGACCUUUGGAGCUUUGCAUUGUUGAAAGAGGGACUUUCAAGAAGAUUUUGGAUUAUUUCAUAGGGAAUGGGGCGGCACUUAGUCAAUUCAAGACACCAAGGUGCACCAGCAACCAGAUGCUCCUUAGAACCCUUAAUCUUUGCAUCAUUAAGAGGUUCCGCAGCACGGCUUACGUUUAAGUGUUAACAAUUAAUAACAAACAGGUUUAUGUUUCGUCCGUCUAUCGGUUACCUCUAAUUAGAGUACAUUUUUAUAACCAAGUGUUCUAAAUUUGAGAUACUCCUUUCUUUAUCCCUUUAUCAAAUAACAAUUCAUGUUUCAGGUGUAACAGAAAAAAAAUGUUUUAAAAAUUUUGAGUUUAG